AUGGCAGCGAGGGCAAAGGAGCAGAGGAACAAAGUAGGCUGCCAAACCACAAGCAGCCAGGAGGACAAAAAGGUGCCAGGCUGCAUCAAAGCAACAGGAAGAGGUUUGCAACAAGUAUCUGAAAUUGCCACAGACGGGAGGGGCUUUCAGGCGUUCACAAGAACAAACCACUUCAAUUCAAAUCUCCCGAGCUCCAAGGAAACUGGCUGGGUUGCCUCAGACAAGUCAGUGUUGCUUAGCAUCAUCUACCUCAGAGGGUGGUUUGAAGAUAAAAAUAAGGAAAUUCCAUGUAUGUUGCCCUGAGUAGGAUUCAACACUGCUUGAUAAAUGUAGGGCCCCCUGCAGAGGGGACCACAAAAAACUGUUGGGUUUUCUAGCUAUUCUUUGGGUAGGCCCCAAAGCACUUCUGUUCGGUUCCAAAAUAUCGGAUAUAAUAGUAAUAAUAAAUGGAAGGUUCAUCCUGACAAGAUGGAGAGCCUGUGAAUGGAAAGUAUUGAACAAAUUCUGGGUGGAGUUGCACUCCACCUGAUGAAACAGGUUCAAAAUGUAGCUAUGCUCUUUACUCUAACCAUGGCUUAACAGGCUAAGCCAGUGCAGGGCUUCUUUGCCCAAGCUGGAGCCUCUCCUGAACAGAGGUAACCUGUCCGUGGUUAUCUAUACUCUACUAACAACCUGUCUGGAUUUCUGCAAUGUGCUGUACAUAGGGUUACCUCUGAAAAUGGUUUGGAAGCUUUGGCUGCUGUAAAAUGUAUCCACCAGAGUGCUGACUGGCAGUGAUAUCUCAUCAGUCUUAGAAAAACUUUAUGGGCUCCAUUUUUUGCUUCUGGACCUAAUUCAAAUGGCUGGUGUUCACCUCUAAGGCCAUAAAAGGUUUGGAAACUUGAAAGAGUGCCAUUUUCCAUGCAAAUUUUUCUGUACACUACGGUAGUAAGCCGAUGAUUUAUUGCUCAGAGCUGAGAUUAGUUGUAACACUAUUCCCCCCCCCCCCGUAGUGGUACCUUAGCUACAGAAUGUCCUCUUCAGCAAGGUAUACCUGGUGCCACCUUUGCUUACUUUUAGGCACCAGACAAAAAACACUUUUAAAAAAUAUAAGUAGCAUACUACCCUCCAAGAUUCCUCAGAUGGAAAUAGGGACAUUUCCUACUCCUCUUCACUGACCCUCCUUGACCCACCAUUUUUGGUCCCCCUCCCCCGCCCCGCAGAACAUUUCUGCCACCACUAUACCAACGGGGCAGAACACAUACAUCCUGAACAGUCCUGAUGAAACCUCUUAAUCCUGAUUUUUAUUUUAUUUAUUUCACAAAAAGAAAAACACACACCAAUCAAUAAAUCUUAGAAAGGGGCAAGAUUAGACAUGGAUACACAUGGAUGUUUAGGGAAGUUUUUAAUGUUUGAAGUUUUAUUCUGCUUUUAAUCUUCUGUUGAAAGCCGCCCAGAGUGGCUGGGGAAACCCAACCAGAUGGGCAGGGUAGAAAUAAUUAUAAUUAAUUAUUAUUUAUAAUAAUAAGAAUAAGAAUAAGAAUAAUAAAUUAUUUAAGCAUUUAAAAAAAUUGAAACUCCUUAUACUCAUCUCCUCUCCCCCUUUCCUCCCACCCAGGAUGGCCCUGCCCUCUGCCUGCCUCUAAGAACCUGUGCCUUGACGGAGGUGGCCGCUCCUCCUCUUCCUCAGCCACUCUCCAGCAGCAACUAUGAGCUGCCAGAGGAGGAGGCUGGCAGCAAUGGCAAAGAGAGGCCGUGGGAUGCUUGCAGUUGUGACAAUGGCCAUAGCCAUUGCUCAGCACAAGCGGCAGCUCCUCUUCGCGGAGCGCAGCAGCGGUGGCACUUGCAGAGGAAACUGGGACAUUCUGGGAUCAAAUCAAAAGCUGGGAUGGCUUUUGCAAUUCCAGGACUGCCUUUGGAAAAUAGGGACAUUUGGAGGGUAUGAAGGAGGCAUUUUAAAAUACAUCUGCCAUCUUAAGUGUUCUAAUUCUUGACUUCCAGCUGCAUUUUAGCUCCUAUUUCUUAUAUGUAUCCAUUGUUGUUUUACUUAAAUGUUUGCAAAGUGCCUUGAGAAUGUUGAUGAAAGGAGGUGCAUAUGUGUUUUAAUUAAACCGUUGUGGUUUUUUUGUCUGUGUCUCUCAACUUGGCCUGGAACCAAAUAAAUGCACAACCAACUCCCUGUGCCCAAGGGAGCUCUGGGCUUUCACUGCAUAAACAGCGCUCCCUUGCUCAACGCCAUGUGGCUAAUCCCUUUUGGAGUUUUGCAGAAGCAGCUGUAAAAUGCCUUGGAAUAUUUGUGUGUGUGUCUGCCAUUCAAAGGAAAACAACCAGAAACCUCACCGGCCAUGCCAUCGUUCUUGGCUGUACCUCAAAAUAAGUCUUUGGAGUCCAACUUUUGUUUUUAACCUAGAACUGGCACAUGAGAAAAAUAUCUGAUGUUACCAAAUGCCUUUUGAGGCUAGUAAUGUGUCACACAAAUUUAGGUGUGGGUGUGUGGAGCAGCUUUUGUUCAGUUUUCUGCCUAGUAUUCUAAACAAUGCAUAUUCUUUAUUUAUGCAAACUGCUGGCUAUUUUACAGGUUUUUUUUUAAAAAAAAGCUGAAUACCUAGUAGAUCCUUUCUGGUGGUGAAGAAAAUGAAGCUUGUGGGACAUAAUCAAUUGCUUUCAUUUUCCAGCAAUUAAGGGGACUGUAAUUGAGAUUCAUGUUGCAAGGAAAACCACAGAUUCAGUAGAUUAUUUUGUAGUACAAUGCUGCUCAUGUUGAAAGAGCUGUCACCGCAUUGCCGACUCAUGUUGGCAUCAAUGAUACAUUAAUAUAUCAACUUGAAAAUGAAAAAUGUCUUUAUAAUCAAGAAGAAGGGGCAGCUUAAAAACUUCACUGUGGCCUGAUUCUGAAAUCUAUCAAGGUAAUUUAUUGGUAUUUUGCAAAAUACCAGCCUCUAGUGAAGUCUGACUCCAAUGCAAAAAAAUAACCCACACAUCAACAAUAAUUAAUGGAGAAUGAUUUGCCUUUAAUUGACAGAUACCUUAGUGUAGAUUAUUGUUCCUGUGUUGAUCCUGAGAUGCAGCACUGAUAAAGUGGUAUCUAUCAUUGGGCCAAUUAUCCAUUCAGCAUCAAAACGCUACAUGCCUAUUUCUGCAAGGCCUGUCAUCCAAAUAACCAACUAGCCGUUAAUUGAUUGAUCAUGUUUACAUCACUUUAUAUUAAUUAAAUGAAACCGGUUUCUCUUUGGAGAAAAGUGUUUCUAAAAAUUCCAUUAAAUUAAAAUUUACAAAUUCUACCCGUAUCUAUUCAUAAGAUUUUUUUUUUCUGUGUUCAGUGGAGCUUACUGUCAGCAAAGUAGGUAGACAAUUGCAGCCUGAAGCAAGCACUCCUUUUUAUUAGGAGUGGCCGUCUUAAUGGCAAUCUUUAUCAUCAACGUUCCCUACUGCAGUAUUUCGCCUGUAAAAGAGAUUAAAACCAAGUAAAGCCAAAUAAUAUUAUUUGCAGACCCAGGUGCGGUGAAGCUGAGGGAAGGGGUGCAUGAGGCAAAUGAAGAUGAGGAGACAGAUGUUGGACUAUAUAUAAUUAGGCCACAACUUCAUUGAUUGCAGAUGCAUAGGUUUGGCGUGGGGCGCCAGGGGUUCCCAAACUUCUUUCAAAGAGGGCCAGAUUUGAUGAAGUGAACAUGUGUGAGGGCCGACCAAAGUUGCUGAGCUUUUUUUAGGGUUUUACCUCAGGACAUAUACUGCCACAGAGGCCGGAUUAAAUUGAUUAGCUGGCCGGAUUAAGCCCCCUAAAUGGACUUUGCCAAAAUGGACUUUGGGCAUGCUAUCCUAUUGUCUAGUGAUGUAUAGAAGUGAGAGCUGGACCAUAAAGAAGGCUGGUCGCUGAAGAAUUGAUGCUUUUGAAUUAUGGUGCUGGAGGAGACUCUUGAGAGUCCCAUGGACUGCAAGAAGAUCAAACCUAUCCAUUCUGAAGGAAAUCAGCCCUGAGUGCUCACUGGAAGGACAGAUCAUGAAGCUGAGGCUCCAAUACUUUGGCCACCUCACGAGAAGAGAAGACUCCCUGGAAAAGACCCUGAUGUUGGGAAAGAUGGAGAAGGGAAAGAUGGACAAGGAGAAGGGGAUGACAGAGGACGAGAUGGUUCUUGAAGCUACCAGCAUGAGUUUGACCAAACUGCGGGAGGCAGUGGAAGACAGGAGUGCCUGGCGUGCUCUGGUCCAUGGGGUCACGAAGAGUCGGACACGACUAAACAGCAACAGUCCUAUUGUCUGUUCCACACGAUACAGCAAUCAGGCCUCUAGUGUGGUGGCACUUACCUUUGGAAAGCGCUUCCAUUACAUAUUGCAUAGGUGUCCAUCUCUGUUGUCAUUUUGGUGCCUUCUGAAGACCGUCCCCUUUCAAGAAGCCUUUAAGCGGAGAUAUGUAUCCCAGUCUCCAUCUGUAGUGGAACAACUUUUAACUGUUAUCAUACGUGGAAUUGUUUUUCACUAAUGGUAUUGUGUUUAUAUAUGGAAUUGUUUUAUAUUUUGAACUGUUUGCAGUUGUUUUUUUACAUUUGCUUUAUACUUAUGACUUUUAUCUGUUAUAUAUUUGUGUAUUUUAUCAUUGUAUCUUGCUCUGGGACCUUGUGGUGAAGGGCAGGUGAGAAAUCCAAUGAAUAAAUAGUUUAUUUGACAUUGUUAUUCUUUUGAAAUGAUCCUUAUGAAGUGAAACUGCUCGUGAAAUGGGAGAGCCAUUAUUGGCUCUCCAAAUAGCCUCUGCCCACCCCAGCGUUAUUAUUCCACCCGCCAUUUUGCUGCCACUGACAAAAAUAGUGGGGUCUGGCUGGAGGGGUGGAGAAGAGAAACAUUUGCUUGGGGGCCCCAGAUGAGGCCCCUCAAACUGGGGUUUCACUACCCAUAAUAGAUGCCAACUCCUUUUUCUUUUCUUUUCAGAAUUAAUCAGGCUCAAGAAUGAAGGAAGGAACUGGCUGCACUUUGUGGCACUUUAUUUAUGUUCAAACAACAUGCUAGGAAAGCAACACACCUAUGCAGCUUGACAGAUGUCUCAAGAUGCACAAAGGGAGGGAAGAAAGGAAAAUAUAGUGUGUGUGUGUGUGUGUGUGUGUGUUUAUGUAGUGGGAAAUGGUUUUAUGCUUGUAGUUCUGGAAAAUUGUGUUGACAUUUCUCUUGUGUUUGGAGACAAAUGACGGGGAGUUAGUGUCAAUCUGACACGUUGUGUGAAGUCUUCUGCAUGACGACUAAUGUUGCCUGAUUUGGAGUGAUUGGCAGGCUCGACUCCCCUUGAGGAAUGUAGGUCAGCAGCAUUUGAGGGGCUGUGUGAUGGGGGCUGUGUGCAGAAGUUCUUUGGACAAUGUGCGCACCUCCACUGUUUGCCUGGCAGGUCAGGGGUGCCAUCAAAUCCUUUUCUUAUGGGAUUAUAAAAUGUACUUUAGUAAAUGAAACACUAAAUGCAUUAUGUGCAGCUCUUAAUCUUUCUUCGCUUGUGGAAGCCAGCAAAAGCACGGUGUGUGCAUUAAGGCUUUGCGCUUCAGUUCCAGAAUACAAAUAGGAAUAGCUUGGUUGAAAGCAGGUAAACUUGCUUUUGGUAUAUUGCAUUCAGCCUGACCCGUGAGUCACCUAAUGAUUAGCAACCAUUGUUAACAUUAAUUCUUACAGCUGCCAAAUACAGGCUUGGAUCCAAAAUAACAGAUAGUGUUUACCAGGCACAAUUCCUGAUCCUUUUCCUCUGCAGCCCCUCAUGCUCUCUGACCCCUUGCCCACAAAUGGAGGGUGAUACAAUGUGGAGGGAGGUGCAGCUUGAGAUGGUGAAGGAAUUGUUGGAAAUUAGUGACUCCAUCAUGCACAAAGGGAUAUGUCUUCCAUUUACACAAGCCGAUCUUUGGACCCAAGCCAUAGAGGUGAAACCAUCUUUGUGGACCAUGGUAUCUGAUAUUCUCUGAGUAUUUACCAAGGGUCGUAUCUCUCUACACAAAGUAGACCCACAGAAACAUUGUGGAGGCAUUACAAGUCAAGGGAGUGCUGUCAGGCAAAGACCCCUCUGACUCUGUGAGGGAGUGUGGGCUGUUUCUAAAGUUUGAAGUAGGAAUGGGGCAGAAAUCUGACAACAUUUAAAGCUGAAACUGCUUAAUUCGCACACUCUGACACAAUCCACUGUUUCACCACCUUCUUUAGAAAUUUAGAAAUCCACAGAAAUUGUUAGGUUAGGAAAAAUUGCUUUGCAGAAAUGUGUAUGGAGUUUUGCAAAUUUGCAAAUUUACAAAUGUGUAUAUUAGGUGAAAGUCACACUAAAACGCAGAUGAAUUUUCAUGUGCACCUUUUUUUUUAAAAGCAAACUAAAGUGGAAAUGUGAGUGGGGUAUAAAUAAUAAAAUUAUUAUUACUAUUAUUAAGAGUGAAAGAAGUGAGAAACCGAGAGAACAUAAGAUUACAUGUUGCCCAUCCCUUGCUUUAAGAGCAUAUUUUUUUAGUUCUUAAAAUGCUAGAAAAAGCCUGUGCUCAUUCUCAGUUGACAAGAUUUCAGCAGUGCUGCAGGAUCACAUGGUUACUUCAGGAAGCCCUGUCUGCCUGGAAUCUGGUUAGCAAAGAACCCAGCGCUGCUCUGAGCAAGCAUGGGGCUUUAUUACAAUGUUGGGACUAAAUGAAAGAUCCUACAUUCAAUUUCUUUGGUAAGCAAACCUGCACAGCUCUGCCCCUUUUGUGACAUUUUGAUCAGUCAAAUAAAGGCAUUGCCCUGAUGUGGAUUUCUGAAUUGAUUUCCAGACUGGUUUUUCAUGGGAGAUUGCCAACCCAAAUGAAUUUGUGCUUCCUGGAAAUAUUUGAUGAAUCAUAAAUGGAAAAGUUGCUUUUGGUCUUCUACACCUUCUGAAAGAAGAUUAUCUAUCUAUCUAUCUAUCUCUCUAUCUAUCUAAUCGUCGUGCCACUAAGCUGACACUAGUAGCUAAAUCGGUUGCUGGCUUUUUGCCAGCUUCCUUCAGCUUGGAAAAAGCCGCCGUCUCGCUUGGCGCAGCAGUGAUGUUGUGUGCCCUGAAAGUGAGGGCCAGAGUGUAUGAAGGAUGAUUUUGGCUUUCCAGUUUUGACAGCCUGUGCAUCCUGGAUAUUUAAUUACCAAUUAAUGAAUGCUUUUUGUAUUAUUAACUCUGUGAAAUGGCCUGUGAUUAGAAGAUGGUCCCAAUUAGCCUAUGGCACUCACUCUUUCCAGUUUGUCAUAUGCGUGUCAGCAUUAAGGAAUUUAAUCAACCCAAUGUUUAAAUAUGGAACUGUAUUACUGUAUUAUUAUUAUUAUUAUUAUUAUUAAAAAAGAGGUGCCAGAACUCACCGUGAACACCUCUGUUGUUCUCUCAGAAUGGCAAAAAGGUCUCACCUGAGAGGUGCUGGAACUGAGUUCCAGAGAGUUCUGGCUGGGAAAAAAGCCCUGGUUGUUUUGUUAGAAUGAGAAUUAGAAUUAGAAUUACAUAGACUGUAAUAAUGGUACAGAAGAAAAAAAACAGAGUCUCUGUUCGGUAAUGUUGCGGAAUCUGUUGGGAAGAGAUGGUCCAAAAACUCCCUAGCAUCUGUGGACGUUGUUGGGUUAUAUCCUCCAUUCUCACUAUUCUGCCUGUUGGGAGUUGGCGUCCAACAAGAACAGGACAUUUUAGCUCUGCAUGGUAAGAAUCAGACACACAUGCUCCCCUUCCCCUCUCUUCCACACGUCUGUUUGUCCUGUUGCUUCUCCUCGGGGAAACUCACUGUUUACCACUCAAUCGGAACAAAUGUCAAUGGAGUUUUCUUUGCGGAUUGAUGUUUGCUCUGAUUUGGCGGCAAAGAGCAAAUAUUCCCGAGGAAAGUGGCAGGGUAAAUGGAAAACCUCUCGGACCCUGUGCCUAGAAAAUAUGGGACAAACAGUAAAGCUAUCAGACUCAUGCUUUCUAGGCACAGGACAAGCCCUUACUUUGAAUAUAGUGGUACCUUGGUUCUCAAACGCCUUAGUACUCAAACAACUUGGAACCCAAACACUGAAAACCUGGAAGUAAGUGUUCCGGUUUGCAAACUUUUUUUCAGAAGCCGAACAAGCUCCAUUUUGAGUGUUACACUUCUGAUUUGAGUGCCACACUUCUGUUUGGAGUGUUACACUUCCAAUUUGAGUGCCACACUCUGGUUUUCCAUGCUUCCAUUUGGAGUGUUACGCUGAAGUCUGUCUGGUUUUGCUAUUUAUUUUGCAUUUUUGUGGCUCCCUUUUUUUCUUUUUGUGUCUGUGUGGAACCCAGUUCAGCUACUGAUUGUUUGAUUGUGUGACUGCAGUUUAUUGCUUUCAUUUUAUGGAUCGAUGGUCUCGUUAGAUACUAAAAUUCAUGUUAAAUUGCUGUUUUAGGGGUUGUUUUUAAAAGUCUGGAACGUAUUAAUCCAUUUUGCAACGCUUUGGUUUUGGAACAGACUUCCAGAACAGAUUAAGUGUGAGAACCAAGGUACCACUGUACAAGCUUCCCUUUUCUCUUACAAAAAACAAACCAGAGUUUAUUAACUCUUGGGGCUAAGGCGAAGGAGGGAAGGAUGAUUAUUUUAAAUAAAUAAAUAAUCCUUAGGAUAAAUAUUCCCACUCGAGGCAGAGCGUGAGAGUUGCAUUGUGAACAUAAUUCAACAAUUAUUAGAAAAAUGCAGGUGCAUUAAGGUUCUCAAUAUAGAUUUAUGACCAGGUAAGAAGAGUUCACCUGGUUUUCAGCAAAGGUCUAGGAAUGUAUAGAUGUUUAUAAUGCAUUUUCAUGAGUUGCCUUGAAAUAAGAAAUAGCAAGUUGGGUAGCAGUAUCAGUCUUCCCAUGGGUUACAAAGCUGUAUGGGUGUAUAAUUGUACAGUGGUACCUCGGGUUACAAACGCUUCGGGUUCGAACUCCGCUAACCUGGAAGUAGUUACCUCAGGUUGCAAACUUUGCCCCAGGAUGAGAACGGAAAUAGCGUGCUGGCAGUACGGUGGCAGUGGGAGACUCCAUUAGCAAAAGCACUCCUCAGGUUAAGACUGAUUUCAGGUUAAGAACAGACCUCCAGAACGAAUUAAGUUUGUAACCCGAGGUACCACUGUAGCUUUAAAUAUUGAAGUCAGGUUUCAAAACUGCUUCAGUGGGUGUACUGAUACAGCAUUUUCUCCUCUGAAAACCAGUCAAAUUAAGAGACUAUCCUGUGUAUGCUGAACUUCAUUUGUCUAUUAGAGAUGGUGUUUGGAGGAGGGAGGUUCCAGGGUAAAAUAACAAUAUUUUCUGUUGUUUUUUUAAAAGGAUAGCAUAUCCAUUGUAUUCUUUCUCCUCAUCUCUUUUUGUGUAACUUCCAUUAUGACAUCAAUCUUUUGGGAGCAAAAUCUGUCAAAGACGAGCUUUCAAAAGCACCACAGGAAGAAAACAUCCACAGGUUUUGUUCAAAACAUCUUGUUUCUUGUGGCUCAUGAGAGAAUUGUCAAACGGUUCUGCAACAGUCUGACAAUAUCAAGAAAGAAGUAUUUAAUCAGAAAACCAGCUGAUGAGACUCUACAGGAUUUCUGAAAGCUUCAGUGAUUUGUUAUGUCUUUGCUUGAGGGAGGGGGGCUCAGUUGGACAGUAGCACUGCUGUAUUACAGAAUAACUCAAAUUGUGUUGCAAACUGGGUUGUUAGAACAAGUUCAAUGUCUUGUGCUCCUAAGGCCUCUCUCUCUUUCUCUCUCAUAAUGGAGUGGUGGUAAAUUUUGAAGCACAGAAGUUCACAAUGACAGCCACCCUUGCCCCAAGGAAAGCUAAAAAAUGAAGCUGUCAUACCCAGCUGAUUGGGGUAUGCAGGUAAAGGAUGUUGUAGGGGUUAACGUGUUGGCAUUUAGCUAUAGGGACCUAGGUUCAUGUCUCUAAUGAGCUGUGUGGCAUGACCACAAUCACCAUCAUCAUCAUCAAACCUUUUAUUGGCAUCACAUACAAACAUCCAAAACAAAUCAAUACAGAAUUGCCGCUUCCCCAGUGGCACAAAACAUUUGCUAAAAGAAAGCAGGCAGAGCAGUCUAGGCCACAAUCUUAUGGAUAGCUGGCUGGUAGUAAACUGCAUGGAAUGCUUGCUUCUGACUGCAUGGGUUCAACUUUAAAAUCACAUUGGGCUUUGGCACUGUGUUGAAAUGCAAAGUUUAGGUUUUAAUUAGAAAUGCAAACCAUCUUGCACACACGUGUCGCUAUUCAAGCUGCAAGCAUGAAGCCGAACCCCAUCAAAGGAAAUAACUAUCCAAUUGCUGCUUGAUUUCAUUUUCUGCAACUCCCUCCAUGUUAAUAUGUCACAAAUGAUUGUAAAACUUGAAAGCCUUGUUUUCACCUCAUUCACUUGUUGGACCACAGAGAUAUGUCAGAUGAUGUAAUUGCUGGUGAUGCACCAGCAGAUGAUGUGAUCUUGUUUCUGUCUCCCCCUUUCUGCUCUACUAUACCACUGUGUGUAUCAUUCGUUUGUUCAUUCAUUCAUUUGUUCUGUCUGUCUGUCUGUCUGUCUGUUUCUCUCUCUCUCUCUCUCUCUCUCUCUCUCUCUCUCUCUCACACACACACACACACACACGAAUGAGAGUGCUGCAUUAGAGUUGCUUUCUGUUGGUGUCUCACUUGGCUGCCCUGUAGUUAUGUGUGAACAUGGUACCCACAUGGAUGGAGCUAAUCAUGUGGGGCUUCCCCCAAUCAACUCAUAGCUUAAUUUGCAGGGUGCCCAUUGGACAGAAAAGAUCUACGUGACUUGUCCUUGUCCAUGUGGCUUUUGUGUUGAUGUUCUUGUUUCAGCUUGCGUUUGAUUAUAAUUUCUUGGGGUUUUCUUUCCCUCUUGUUUUUCAAGACACUUCAAAGGCUUUAUUUGUUUUGUUUUUAUAACUGCAAAUUUAUUUGACUGGGAAUAUAAAUGUAAGUAGUUGAUAAUUCAUACCUGGUUGAUAAUUAAUAUGGUUGACACACUGUCGCCUAUUUCAGAAUUCCCCUCAUUAUUCCUUCUAUUUUGAGUGUUGAGGUUGUGAGUGCUGUCGUGUGUCAGCCCAAAAUGGCACCAGCCAUACACAAGAGUGAGGAAUCGGGAGAAGGGAUGGAACAAACAAACAAACAGAGACAGAAACAGGGAGACAAGGGGAGUCAGAAGUUCGUUCUCUCCUCUUUAUGGCAGGGACAAGUGAACUAAUAGUUGUUGUUGUUGUUUAGUCGUUUAGUCGUGUCCGACUCUUCAUGACCCCAUGGACCAGAGCAUGCCAGGCACUCCUGUCUUCCACUGCCUCCCGCAGUUUGGUCAGACUCAUGUUUGUAGCUUUGAGAACACUGUUCAACCAUCUCAUCCUCUGUCAUCCCCUUCUCCUUGUGCCCUCAAUCUUUCCCAACAUCAAGGUCUUUUCCAGGGAGGUAACAAAUAGAUGAGGAUAUAGUUCAAGGAUGUGGCCAUCUAGCUAUUGUAGUACUGAAGGGACAUUACAUGUCCAGAAUCUGGGAUCUUGUGGCAUGAUCAUUGUUGUUUAUCUGGCAACCAUUUUGUACAAUUUGCUCGAUUGGUUUUCAGUGGACAAUCCACCAGAAGUGAAACUCUCUUCUCUGUAAGAAAUCAUGGUAUCUGUUUACACUUAGCAGUUCUACGCCACCCACUUUUUAAAAAAAAAUUUUUUUUGCCUUGGUGAUAGAAACAUCAUGUGCUCUGACAGCUUUUUCGCAGCUGUGGGAAUAGAAUUCACAGUUGACUGCAAGCAUUUCAUUUCAUAAAAAGAGUUAAUUAAGCAACUUGCAUGGGUGACCCUUUCAUUAUCAGCUUGUGUCGUUAUCGUGCCUCUCCUGGAGGAUCCUUCAGUUUUUCAUCAACAAAUUGAGACUCCUACCCUUCUGCACUGCAAAUAUUUUUGUCGUUUCUGAAGACAAGUUUUCUAAUAUGAUUUGUCAGUCAUUCCAAAAUUAUUGAUCAAUUUUUAUUCAGCAACUCGAUGGUAACUGUUUUUCAUCAAGCUGUUUAUAUGUAUAUAUUUGAACAGACUGAUUCUUUAAAAAUAGUGUUGCUGUUUUCUGCUGUCUUCUGACCUGAUGUCUGUAAUAUGACUUAAUUUAAUUGUCACUUAUAUGAAUCUUGGGGGGGGGGGUAGUUUGCUAUAUAUCAGGCCACAAGAGAGAGAUAUUUAGAAAAUAUUCAUUCCAUGAAUUUUUAGGUCUGGAGUUGGGAACGUCUGGCUGUUGGCUGUUGGCCUAAAUAAUAAUAAUAAUAAUAAUAAUAAUAAUAAUAAAUUUAUUGUUUAUUGGCUGGGCUUCCCCAGCCACUCUGGGUGGCUUCCAAUAAAAUAUUGAAAUACAGUAAUGCAUCAAACAUUAAAAGCUUCCCUAAAUAGGACUGCCUUCAGAUGUCUUCUAAAAGUCUGGUAGUUAUUGUUCUCUUUGACAUCUGGUGGGAGGGCAUUCCACAGGGCGGGUGCCACUACCAAGAAGGCCCUCUGCCUGGUUCCCUGUAACUUGACUUCUCGCAGUGAGGGAACCGCCAGAAGGCCCUCAGUGCUGGACCUCAGUGUCUGGGUAGAAUGAUGGGGGCGGAGCGCUCCUUUGGGUAUACUGGGCCUGGCCAGGCAUCGCCAUUUGGCCUGCAAGGCCAUUUCAAGCUAAGCCAUGCCCACCUGCUCGAAAUCCUGGCUCAGCUCAAAUGGAGUUUGCAGGCACCACCAGCCAACUGACUGUGUAAAGUGCUUUCCAGUGGGCUUUGCAACAUCUGCCCAAUAGCUGAUGGUUGGGUCCUGUGAAGCCCUUUGCAGAGCAUCCGACAAGAUCCAACAGUCUAGAUUUUAGACCAUAAACAUGUAGAUUAAGCAUGCCAAUUCAGCAUGUUUCACUUGUGUGGUUUCUUUCAGGUGCAUCAACCUUCCCCCAACCCAGAGAUAGCAAGGGGAUGUUAAGAGUCCUGUCUUCCAACCUGCCAAGAGAAAUGGCGUUGCCAGGUAAGCCUCACUUCCCUUGUCCAAGAGCAGACGUGUGUUGCAAAAUAAGCAUUUGGUCUCCCACGUGCAGCUGCUUAAGUAAUGCCAGUCCUUCCAUUGCCACAGAAUUACAGAUGCUAAAGUCAAAUGACAACCACUGUGGUGGUUAUUCAACGAGCCGCUCUAGGCAUGCCCAGUGCUUUUCUCUUUUGAUUCUUUAAACCAGCAGACCUGUUUAUUAUGUCAGAAACUUCUUUUUAAAUUAGUUUUAAAAAGCUGUUUGUCAUGUAGCAUGGGCGGCUUCUCAAGAAACACAAGGAAGGGUGAAGAGAAGCUCUCCCAAAUGCUCAGAUUUAAAUCAACAGGGUAGCCUGCUUCUGCCGCCUCCAGUUCUCAAAAGACAGCCAACCCCUCCCAGUCUCAGCCCCACCCCCACACACUAUCCUUUCCCAUUCCUUCCCUUAAGUUGGUGAUAUGAACAGCAGCAAAAGUGUGUAAGGGAAAUAGAAGAGAGACUUUCCACCCGCCUUCCUUUCUGUCACAUCACCAUGUAGGCACAUAGGGUUGAAUCUGACAGCCAUUGUACAAGCGGAACAACUUCUGCUCAUGAAAUAGAAUGUCCCAUGCCUCUUCUCCCUCUGUGUGCCCCCUUCACUUCACAUCGGAUCCUGAGGGUUGGCAGAACCUCCAAACAGUUGGGGGAGGGCUAUGUGGGGAACAAGACGGGUUAAAUUCCAUUGCGUAAGUGGAUGUUUCUCUACUUGUUCAAUGACUUCAUAGGAUACAGCUAUUAGUAUUUGUAAAGUCCUGGUCUUGAGGGGCUGACCAUCUAAAAAAAAUCCCUUUCAAUUCCUUACAUAUUCAGACAUGAGGAGUUAAUGUAUUAUACAUAGUAUUUUGGGGCAUUAGUAUAUUUGGCGCUUUUUUCAGUAAGAAGAAUGGAGCACGAUUUAAGUUUGCAUACCAGCACUUUCUUCUCUCUCUGCAGUCAUGCAGAGUUACCUUGCCAUUUUGGAAGGGUGUUGAAGCGUGCCUAAUUUCACAGAUUGUGCCCCUAGGCCCGUAGCAUCCCUGUGUCUAACAAACAUAAUUUAUGUGGAAUUGAUUUAGCUUGACCUGUUUUGAGAUGCAAAUGCGCUUGUACCUAAUUUCCUAAGAUGUCUGUUUUGUGCACUGUUGUGAAAGAUGUAAACAUUCAGCACAUAUAUGUAUGAGACGAGAAAUUAAAUGGGAUGAAAUACUAGAAUUGUUAGCAAAAAAAGAGAGAGGGGUGGGGCUCCAUUUUUAAUGCAGUGUUUUCUGUAAAGCAUAAAUGUAGAGAGAGGGUAAUUAAGAUUAUCAGUCAUGAGUGCAUUCAUGAAAAUCUUGCAGUAUCCAUAAACAGCAAUUUUUCAUUUAAGUCUUUAAUUUGGGACUGGUUUCAAGUCCAUAUUGUGCUAUCAAUUUCAUAAUUUUUUACCUUGCUAUAUUUUGCGAAUCAUGAUGUGUGCUGGGGAUGGGCAAUAAAUUGUCCACAACUAGUUUCAAGUCCAUAUCGUGAAAUCAGUUUCAUAGUUUUUGAAGUGUGUGUGUUUGUGUGUGUGCAUACGCACGCAAGCACGCACACGCUAUGUAAAAAUAUUUUUACAUAGGUUUUUGCUUUGCUUUGUGUUAAUUGGAAAGGCUUUCAAGGUGGUAGGUGGUGUUGUUAUUUUUCCAGUUUUUAGUCACUUGCCACAGAAGGAGUCUCCAGGUGACAUACAAAAUCCUUUGAGUGUGACACAUAACAAAGCCAGCCAAAAGAACAAUACCUUACACUUAAAGCCAUUUAAAACUUAUAAAGCAGACUCCAUAAAACAGCAGCAAAAACUUUAGCAUAAUAUAAGCUUUUUCACAAGCACCGUAAGGUCACAAGGCAGCAUCAUUUGAGAUUCCUCUUGUAGCCUAACAUGUUAAAGCACAUUCUGCCACUAAAGAGGGUUGGUGAGGGAAGCCCUGUUCUGUGCCAAAUAAGCACGGGACGCCUUUGCCCGGUGGCACUGUGCCCAUAGAUUGCAGCAAAAUACUGGGUAUGGUUUUGCCCAGUAUCUUCUCUGUGUGAUGGGCUCAUAGGAAAAAACUGCCUCAUGAGCCCUUGCUGAAGAGGGGAGAGGAAAGGCUAUACAGUGGUACCUCUAGUUGCGAACUUAAUUCGUUCCGGAGGUCCCUUCUUAACCUGAAACUGUUCUUAACUAGAGGCGUGCUUUCGCUAAUGGGGCCUCUUGCUGCCACUGUGCCACCGGCACACGAUUUCCGUUCUCAUCCUGGGGCAAAAUUCUCAAUUCGAGGUAACUCUUCCAGGUUAGUGGAGUUUGUAACCUGAAGUGUUUGUAACCUAAGGCAUUUGUAACUCAAGGUACCACUGUAUAAGGCUACUUCCCCUGGAGCUCACAGCCAUUUUGCUUUGAGAGCUUCCUGCCUGCUCACCCUUGGGUUAGAGCCCUCACUGAGCAAUUUUGGGUCACUGGUUGACAGGGUCGGAAAGGAUUCUCUCUCUCUCUCUCUCUCUCUCUCUCUCUCUGAUUAGCACUUGGUUGGGUUGUCCCCUCCCCCCAGCCUUUCCCUCAGUGAAAUUAUGGCUUUCCUUUGUUAGGCGGAAGAACAUUGUGGAAAUGGCAUUGGACAGGAUCAACAUAGUAUUGGGGGGGCAUAAGGGGCCUGAGGGGAGCAUUGACCGCAGCAAAACCUAAGCAUGGGUUUGGUAUCUGCCUGGUUGCAAACUGCCCCCUGGUCCCCCAGUGAGAACUUGCUUGCUGGUACUGCAAGGUUCAACACUGGCUGACUCCUGUCGUACAGGUUUGGAGCGAUCCAAACCCAGCAGAUCCAUUCCAUCAACAUGGGGCUUGUGGAAUGAUGAACUGAUCCUGGGACCCAGUGCCAUGCCAUCCCUUGCCCUGCCCACUGCUGUCAAUAAGGAUUUGGCCUGAUUUUAUCCCAUGGCCAUUGUACAGUCUGGUUAUUUUGCUGCUCUCAUGGGUCACAUAAUGUGCCUGCCUGGGCAAAGAGAAAAUCAGAAGCAGGCUAUUGAUUGGGCUUCAUCCAGCCUAUUGCUGACUUCUAGAUACAGGCUCAUCAUUUCUACCUCUUUCCAGGCAGCUGGCAAAGAGGCAUUAAUCGCCCUUGCUCCCAGAAGGUCCACCCCACUGAGCUAGAUGCUAUCAGCCAUGAAGGUCUGAGCAAACAUUCGACAAACAUUCGAUCGGUCAUUCCCCUCCAGAAGCUUCAUCCACACAUUCAAGCUGUGAUACCCAAAACUUGUCCUGCAAGACAGGACCAGAUGGUGCUCCAGACACACUCAUUGACUGAAAUAAAAUUGGCAUCAUCCAAGGCAAGGUGGACGAAACUGGUUUUAUUCUCUGAAUGUCUUGAGAACACAUCAUGGCAUGCUUCUGAGAGCUCUCAUACCACCCCCACCCCUUUGGCCAGCCCCAGCUGGAAUAGGCCCUGCUCUGCUGGCUGGAGCUUCUAAAGAUGCAAUGGUAGUGAAGAAGUAUCCUUUCUUUGUUGCCGUCACUGACAAGGAAUAGGCAUGAUAUUGUGGGAGUCUGGUGAGUCACAGGUUUGCUAUCUCCCCCUCAGGUUUACCUGUUCUGAGGAUAUUUGUGUAAUUGUAUUCAGCGCUUGAUUGUACUUUUUCCACGGCAGGCCUGAAAAAUCAGGGCAGUUAGAGUUUUUAAUGACAAGGUGAUGACUAAAAUUUACUGUAUUACAAACAACAAAAAGUCUUGUUGCACCUGAAAGACUAAGAAAUUGAUUAUGAAUUAAGCUCUCAUGAACUACAGUCUAUUUCAUCAGAUGCGUGAAAAGGUUAUGAAUUGGACUAUAGUUCAGGGAAACCUUGUACCAUAAUAAAUUUGAUCUUUUAAAAGGUGCCACAAUACUUUUUUUUGCUGUUUCUUAUAUAAUGUAUUUUAGUAGACACCUGUUGCAGCAAGCACAGCUACCCCCUCUGGUCAUUUUACUAUGUACAUUGGUAUGAAAACUAAAUAUUAAAGCAAUAACAUUUCAAGCAGCUUACUCAAAAUGCAGAAUUAUCAUAAUUCCCCUUCAGCAAUGUGACAUAGCUCUGUCAAUAAAAUAUGACACAUUAGAAUGGCUGUCACUGAAUUUGAAAGGCAAGGCUGGUUUGAAGGUUUGCAAUUGGGGAAUUGCAUUGUCUGUCCCCCAGCCCUCCCUCAGACAAGCUGUAAAACUCUUUUUUUCUUGAGGAAAUGACCAAACUACCAUACUUUGAAACUGCCCUACAAACUCACACUGGUAAUUCCAGUCCAUUUAAUUAUAAUAUAAUAAUAAUAAUUUAUUAUUUAUACCCUGUCCAUCUGGCUGGGUUUCCCCAGCCACUCUGGGCGGCUUCCAACAAAAUAUUAAAAUACAAUAGUCUGUCAAACAUUAAAUGCUUCCCUAAACAGGGCUGCCUUCAGAUGUCUUCUAAAGGUCUGGUAGUUGUUUUUGUUUGGUUCAUUUCCCUCAUGCAUGCAUUAUGGGGAUUUUUUUUUAGUUUUUAUUUAAUGUACUGUACUGUAAUCUCAUUUCUUCCUUUUCUGCUCUAUGUGGCCAAGCUGAACAAAGAAUAAUUCAGACCUUCCAAGUGUCCCUAUUUUCCAGGGACAGUCCUGGAUUUACAGAAGCCAUCCCGGUUUUUCUUAGGACGUCAGAGAAAUGUUGAAGGGUAUGGUAGGACAUCCCUAUUUUCAGUGAAGAAAUGUUGGAAGGUAUGGAGUUAUGCAACCCCCAAGCCAAGGAAAUAAGUAAUGACAGAACUUUUAGAAGACAUCUGAGGUCAGCCCUGUAUAGGGAAGUUUUUUUUUUUAAUGUUUAAUGUUUUGUUAUGUUUUUAUAUAUAUGUUGAAAGUUGUCCAGAGUGACGGGGCAACCCAGUCCGAUGGGCGGGGUAUAAAUAAUAAAGAAGUUGUUGUUGUUGUUGUUGUGGAAUAGGACAUCCCUAUUUUCAUAGGAGAAAUAUUGGAAGGUAUGGUAAUCUCAUACGAUGGAAGACUAGGAGAAUACUGGGUCCUUCAGGCUAUCCUAUGCACCAUAUCCCACUGUAGGCUACUAGAUAAACGGGUAAAGGUAAAGGGACCCCUGACCAUUAGGUCCAGUCGCGGAAGACUCUGGGGUUGCGGUGCUCAUCUCGCUUUACUGGCCAAGGAAGCCAGGUGUACAGUUUCCGGGUCAUGUGGCCAGCAUGACUAAGUCGCUUCUGGCAAACCAGAGCAGCGCACGGAAACACCAUUUACCUUCCUGCCAGAGCGGUACCUAUUUAUCUACUUACACUUUUACGUUCUUUUGAACUGCUUGGUUGGCAGGAGCUGGGACCGAGCAAUGGGAGCUCACCCCGUCGUGGGGAUUCGAACUGCUGACCUGAUCGGCAAGCCCUAGGCUCUGUGGUUUAGACCACAGCGCCACCCACGUCCCUAGAUAAAUGGGUACCAUUUUCCAAAGCCUGUUUCAACUGCCAUCUCCAUCAAUCUUUAUUUCUCUACCAAGCCACAACAUCAUUCCCUCUGGACACCCUGUUCUUCUUUCCAACAGACUCUGCAUUAAGUUCUGUUACCUUUCUGCUUAGCUCUCUGUUGACAGCAUCACCAAUAGCAACACGACCAGCAGUAUUCUAGAAGCCAGGAGACUUAACUGACUCCUACCUUUGGCACUUUUGGCACGCGGGUGGGUAAAACCUCAGCGCCUAGGACUUGCCGAUCGCAUGAUCGGCGGUUCGAAUCCCCGCGGUGGGGUGAGCUCCCAUCAUUCGGUCCCAGCUCCUGCCAACCUAGCAGUUCAAAAGAACGUAAAAGUGUAAGUAGAUAAACAGGUACAGCUUUAUAGCGGGAAGGUAAACGGCGUUUCCGUGUGCUGCUCUGGUGCCGGUUCGCUAGAGCAGCUCCGUCACGCUGGCCACGUGACCCGGAAGUGUCUGUGGACAGCGCUGGCUCCCGGCCUCUAGAGUGAGACGAGCGCACAACCCUAGAGUCUGUCAAGACUGGCCCGUACGGGCAGGGGUACCUUUACCUUUACCUUACCUUUGGCACUAGUGAUGGCAGGGCUAUUUUGAGAUGGUGGAGACUGGGGCAUGAGAUGCUUGACUGAUCAGCUUGCUGCAACAACUCUGAUUAACCCCUGAGAACAAAUGUGUGACUGUGAAGGUGCUGCUUUUAGUAUCCUUUUUUUAAAAAAACCAUCAGCCAUGUUGCUUACAUUUGAUAGGGCAUAAUCUUUCCUGGAGGGGCUUAUAAUUUACCAUGUUCUAAGAUUAACCUGUUGCUAAUUAUCAAAGGCAGUGCUUUUUUUCUGGGGGGACGCAGGGGUACACAUACCCCUAAACAGUUUGUGAAUCUAAGUUUGGCCUCAUUGAGGGGCAGCAUUUCAAUAUGAGUAGGAAAAUGAGAGCAUCCCAAAACAUUUCUUUUUUAGAAAAAAAAAGCACUGAUUAAAGGUAUUUGUCAUAGUUCUGCGAGUGCUCAUUCAGGUAGAGAAUUUGCACCCCAAGGGUCUUUCUGUAUGAAAUCUCCUGUAACUUAGGGAUUUUCUGAUAUAACAAGUUGGAAGAAAGGCAGCUGUUUUGCAUUGUUUUUCUGGCCCAUAUUUGUUUCACAUGGGCCCAUGUCUCAUCCUGCUUCCACAUUAAUUUGUCAUUCUCUCCCCCAAAAAAUAAUUUUUAAAAAAUCAUAUUAAACAUGUAUUUUUUCACAAAACAUUCAUUUCUAAAAUUAUGUUCCCCCAAAUGUGCAUUUCUACUAUCCACCCCCCAUGUAUGUGUCCUAAAGUACAUAUUUUUAUACAAAGUUUGGUAUGUUUUUUUAGCCAAGAACUGCAACCCAAAAAUUAGAGAAGUAGAACAUCUAAUGAACUUCUACCUUCCAAUCUGCACUUUGCUCCAGGAGGUGCAGGUCAGAUCAGCCUUGACCAGAAUAUGCAAAGAACAAAUUCCUCAAGUGUUUCUGGUGUGACUUUUUUCCAUGGUAACUUUCUCAGCUUCCAUUCUUCAUUUCAGGUUAACUCCCAUAGCUGAUUACUGAAAGGGAAUAUGAUCAUUUUCUUAUCUUUCUAUGAUCGUUCUACUCCCAUGGCUACAUUCAUUUUUUAAAAAAUCAAAUUAUUAGUUGCUUCAGAGAGAUUUGUGAGAGAUUUCAGUAUCUUUAACAACAGUUUUGUUCUCUUAAUUCCAUAGUAUUGCAUCUGGUCUAUUGUAUCAUAUUGUUUUUAUCAGUUUACAGCAGAAUUAUCCCAAGCAUAAGGUGUAAUUGCUCUUCCCAAGAACUGGGUAGGGACUGACUUGAUUUGUAGAAAGGCAGCAGUUCUCAAAUGAUUAGUUGAUGCAGCCUACCCAGCUCUUAGCGAAACAUUUUUGCAGACUGAUUGCCUUUGGCAAAAUGUUCUGUAUUGGAUAGGACAGAGAAGCUGGUGAUUACAUGUUCUAUUGUUUCUGAUUUGUCAUUGCGUUUUCUACAACCAUCUGUAUCUGUGGUCUUUUUUUCUUUUCUUUUUUUCCUUACUAACAAAAUGCAGCGCUAACAAGUGAGUGUGCCUGUGGUGGGAGAUUGCAAGAGGCCUGGGUGUGUUUCAUUUAUGCACGCAUGCAUGUGUAGUGCAUCUCUGUGUGAUUUAUGUCUGGUUAUAAUAGUACCCUGUUCGAGAAAAUGUGUUUUGUUACAAUGAGACAGUUUCAGCCUGGCGUUCCUGGCUUAUUAAAGCCUUAAGCCUGGAAUGAAUGUCAGCCCCACAUGCUCCCUCCUUGCCCUCCUCUCUCCCAUUUGCUUUAGCACUUCAGUCUGGGUCAUGUUGCACAAAACAUGGAACUGUGGGAGCCAGUGUGGUGUAGUGGUUAAGAGCGGUAGUCUUGUAAUCUGGGGAACCGGGUUCGCAUCUCUGCUCCUCCACAUGCAGCUGCUGGGUGACCUUGGGCUAGUCACACUUCUCUGAAGUCUCUCAGCCCCACUCACCUCACAGAGUGUUUGUUGUGGGAGAGGAAGGGAAAGGAGAACGUUAGCCGCUUUGAGACUCCUUAAAGGGAGUGAAAGGCGGGAUAUCAAAUCCAAACUCUUCUUCUUCUUCUUCUGACCACAGUUACCCUGAGUAGUUUUGAUGGGGGUUGUAGUCUGUCUUCUUUAAAUGAAAAGUGGCUGUCUCUCAUGGACUAUUAAAAAAUAAAACAAAAUAUUACAGUCAAAUGAAAUCCCAGGUAGGAUUCGAGAUAAAAGCAGCAGAAGAAAAAUAAUAAAAUAAUUGUAACAGAGACACUUUUUGCAGUAGAUAAAGAAAGGCAUUUUUCAGCAGGAACUCACAAGAACUUAGUUCCGCACCUCACAGGUGGGCGCCACUGCCAUUCUAAGAGAACGAGGGAGGCGUUCAUGGUGAGUUCUGGCAUCUCUUCUUCUAGAAAAAUAGCUCUGGAUAAAAGUAUAACGUAAUAGGAAAGGUUUGAGUGAAAACACUUUCUAGGUGAUGGUGGGCAGUCAGCUUAUGAAACAAUGUAAUUGUGUGAUUUGAAGUUUAUUGUGGGAAUGUUCAAUAAUUUUAAUAAAAAAUUAUAUACAAAAAGUGGUAUAUAAAUUCUAAUCCUCCUCUUCAUCAUCCUCCAACAACAUUUGGAGAGUCACAGGUUUCCUCAUCCUUGCUACAGAACUUCUGCAUAAGCCAUUGGUGUUUAUCUCACUCUGAUGUGCUAUAUGGAUUUCCUUUGCUAUAGAGCAGCCUUUCUCAACCUGUGGGUCCCCAGAUGUUGUUGAACUACAACUCCCAUCACCCCUAGCUAGCAAGGCCAGAGCUCAGGGAUGAUGGGAGUUGUAGUCCAACAACAUCUGGGGACCCACAGGUUGAGAACCGCGGCUAUACAGUGUUUGUGAAAUUCAGCAUAAUGAUUUUUCUUCCAUAACUUCUACACACCGUGCCAAAGCUGCAGAUUGCCAGGGUCAUUAUCUCAACUUUGCUUUCACAAUCUGCUUGUCUCCUUGCUGUUCUUAUGCAAUAGUAUUUGUCUGUUUCUUACAUUUAUUUUUGUGGAUGUAAUGCAUAUUCUUACAUUCUGAUGGGUUUUCACUUGUAUUUGUCAUUGAACUUAUUGAAGAACUUUGUGCAUAUCUAUGGCUCCUUGUAGCAUUUAAUACAGGAUUUUGAUGUGUUCUGUCCUGGAAUCUAUUAUUUUUACCACCUGUCUCUGUUCAAUUCUUCUUUCAAAAUGCCAUGUUCACACAAGUGCCAGCCAUUUUGGAUCAUUUGGCAACAAAACUUUUGGUGUCUCUGUAGAUUCUUUCUUCCAUCAUGCUUGCUCAUACAUCACAUUCUUUGUUGGUUCAAAAUGCAUUUUGUUUUAUUUCUAAUUAUUAGGAGGGAUCUUCCAUUUCUUGUAUCUCAGGUAGCAGCAGUGUUGCAGUACUUACUUAUUUUUGCUCUUUUUCAUUCAAUUCUGUGGCAAUUUUAAAAGUUUCCCAUUGUCCCCUUUAUUGUAUGCCAGAAGCCUAAGAAAUGGAAUCUGUCUGGUUCCCAUUGCAAACUAUUUGCUUCACUUGACAUCUAUGCUGCUUUGAUCCUUUGUCUUCAGAAUGACACUUUCUUUCUGGCACCAUGUUUAAAUAGUGCCUUCAUUAUUCAAGAGAACACAGAGACUUUGUUACACUGAUUCACAUCUGUAUUGAAUAUGCAACAGAAAAUGUUUUCUGGGUAGUAGGCUACUGCUUUGACUCCUUCAGUUGUCUGACAUAUGACCUCGUUGAGUACAUACAGGUUAGGUAAGAUCUUUGCUGCAGCUCCCACUGUUGGAUGGAGAGAUGGUUCAUCAUAUGAGUACACUGUGGUGAUCAUUAGGAUCUGGGGUGAAGGCUUAUAAGGAAGAUCGGAAAAUAUUUGUAGAUUAUUUUAAAAGUCAGUGUAAACAGGUAAAUACGUUAGCAAGUUUAGAGUAGAUUCAGCAGUAUAUGGUAAAUUGAGGCAAAAAGAAGAAGAGGGGGAAAGUUAUGGAAUAUUUAGAAUAUGUGGAGUAGAGGGGAAACUGAAGAAACCAUGGAAGGAGGGGAAGGGAAGUCGAGACUAUUGAAUUAUUUGGCUGGUUAUUGUAUGUAACAGAAAAGCAAAUAAAAUUAUAUAUAUAUAGGAUCUGGGGCGAAGGGUAGAUUUUACCUUUUCUGUGAGAGUAUCACCAAGUGUAAAAUUUUGCUUUCUCUGUUAUGUGAAUGCUCACUAUUUACAUCUUACAGAGGUGCAUUCUGGGCACCGUUGAAGGAAAAAGACUGGGCAGGUUUAGCUCCUUCACAGUUGUAUCUCAAGUUGCAGCCUGUUUCCUUUGCCCCAUAGAGUCUGAUCUUCAUAGCCUUGCUCUCUUUUAUAACUAACCCCAUAUUUAGAGUGUGGGUAAUGCUAUUGUGCAACUAACAGAACAGUGAAACUUGUUAGAGCAAGAUGCACACAAACGUGCAUAUCAGCAUUAGUCAAGGUGGUGCCAACCAGAUGUUGCUAGACUGCAACUCCCAUAAUCCCUGACCAUUGUCCCUGCUGACCAGGGCUAAUGGAACCCGUGGUCUACAACAUUUGGAGGGCACCAUGUUGGAAACUUCUACUGAAUAUUGACUUAUUUUAUAAUUAUUGGUAGCAGUUAACAGGGCCUUGGAUAGCACUGAUAAAACCUUUGGUUUCUGCUUUGAGGAGAAAGGUUUUUAUCUCUUAACCAGUUUAUGGCUAAUGAGUUGUUUUGAAAGAAGCAAGAGAUUCUAAUCUGCAAAAGUGAGGAUUCUGAGGAAUGGUUUAGUAGCUGUGUUGAAGGCCGUGUUUAUCUGUUAAUAGAGUUGGGUCCAGAGUGUCAGGGAGAAAAUUCACACACUGAAUCUUUCCUUUUAUCAGGGAACAAUGUUGGGGAUGAAGAUUACAAAUGAAGCAGGAAGCAAACAGGACUGUCAUUACUAAAACUCUUUUAAUUACCUUCAUUUCAAGUCUUACUUGUACCAAGAUUUAAACUCGUUUAUCUCUGGUGAUAGCAAUUGCCAUAAGAUACAAUAUGGAGAAAAUAGAGGGAGAAACCUUCUUGCCUUUUCAUUUUGUUUUAAUUGAAAGGGAAAAGGCAAGUGCUUUCAGCACUGCCUCUUGCGCUGCCACCGCUCUGCUGUUUCUUGUUUCUCCACACUGCCAUUUUGAAAUUACUCACUACUGGCUCUGGCCUGGGGUCAUUAUAAAAGACCCUACUCCCACAUAAAUUUGGGUACAAAGUUGUAACAACUGCAGGGACUCCUGGUAUGAGCUCGUGAAUUCUACAACACAGCUGCUUUGGACAACAAGCUGUGUUUUGCCAGCCCUGUUUGUUGAGUCAUCCAAAUCCAACACACACAAAAAUAUGCAGACUGCAAUGUUGUAUUGCAGCUGCAGCUUGCAUAAGGAUUUGGUGUGUUUUUUUUCUAAUUAAUGCCAUUAGUAUGUGUUAGAGUUCUCAAGUGAAAAAUAUGUUAAAAUAACCUUGAAUAAUGAAGGCUUUAAAAAUAGAUUCAGCUAGGACAGGCAAAAAGUGAGAUUCUAUGAUGAUAUUUUCAGCACAUGUUGAUUUUUUCCUUGAUAUUGGUUUUAAGUCUCUCUGGAGCUUUAGGAAAUCUUUUGCAAAUAUUAACAACUUACUUCAAAAUCUUAGUGUGACAUUUUCUUUCAGAUUACCUGAUUCAUUCCUUAUGAAUAUCUGCUCAGAAUUCCAAUCUCCUCUCACACUGAUAGUGUUGCCUUACAUUGCAGCUCAGGUACAGAAGAACAGAAAUGCAAGAAGCCCUAAAGAUAACCUCCAUGUAUUUGUCAUUCUGUAGUUUUUAAAAAAUAUUUUAUUGAAUUUUCAAAUCAACAUCCAGUAGAACGUAACCAUAAAUGAAACAUGACUUUGCACUAAUCAUUUCAGCAUAAGAAAUAUAUCAACUGGGGAGAUAAGACUGGUGAAAAAACACUAUGUAAUGACGAGGGUAAUUUAACGGAGGAAUGUGUAGGGUGACUGUUUCAUGUUUGUUGUUAUUUAGUCAUUUAGUCGUGUCCGACUCUUCGUGACCCCAUGGACCAGAGCACGCCAGGCACUCCUGUCUUCCACUGCCUCCCGCAGUUUGGUCAAACUCAUGCUGGUAGCUUCGAGAACACUGUCCAGCCAUCUCGUCCUCUGUCGUCCCCUUCUCCUUGUGCCCUCAGUCUUUCCCAACAUCAGGGUCUUUUCCAGGAAGUCUUCUCUUCUCAUGAGGUGACCAAAGUACUGGAGCCUCAGCUUCAGGCUCUGUCCUUCCAGUGAGCACUCAGGGCUGAUUUCCUUUAGAAUGGAUAGGUUUGAUCUUCUUGCAGUCCAUGGGACUCUCAAGAGUCUCCUCCAGCACCAUAAUUCAAAAGCAGCAGUUUCAUGUUAGCUUACUGUAAUCCAAAACUUUGAGGGGAUGUAAUGCAAGUGACUUGUGAACACAUCUGUGGAAUUUCAUAUAUUGCUCAUAUGAUUGAUAAAUUGCCAGGGAAGAAAUUCAGUUCAGUUCACCUUUUAAUGUGAACCUAUGUAAUUCGCACUUCCCGAAACAAUAUACAAACUGAAAUGCAGCUGUCUUUUGAAAUUUGCAUGGUGUCUGAAUUUUGUGGUGCAGUUCUCCAACCCAAAAAUGUGUACAAGGAUGCACAUAUUAGGGGAAAGCAUGCAUUAAAAAAAAAUACAUAGAUAAGUGAAAACAGCAUACAAAAGUGAAUUAUAUUAGGGAAAAUGGCUUGCAAGAAUACUGUAUGUAUAUUAGGAAAAUUGCAUAGAAAAAUGUGUAUAUUAGGAGAAAUGCACAAUAAAGUCCUAACAAGGAAGAGACAGACAGACAGACAGACACAGAGAGAGAGAGAGAGAGAGAGAGAGAGAGAGAGAGAGAGAGCGCUGAUAUGGAAAUGUGCAUAAUUGAAUUUAAGAUUUAAAAAAAGAAGGAAUGGAGAGAAACCAAAAAUUGUCCACUCCUAGUGGUGUGGGAAUCACUUCAGAAAUGUAACAUCUUGUGCUAUUUUGGUAACAUCAGCAGAAAUAAAGCACAUGUGUCCAAUGAAUGACAUGACUCCUUGCUAUUCUGGGCAAACUUUGGCAUGACAAAAAUGGACCUGUUGGAACAGAACAACUUUGGUAGCAUCUGGAAGAGUUUGCACUCUGCAUGAUGCGACAAGAAAGUGAACCUGUACACCCUCCCUCAUGGCACGUAGAAACUGGGUAUACACUCAUGACCUGUAAGGAUAGGGAGCUCAAGCCAUUGGCUCCUGACAGAAUCAUCAACAGCCUGAGAGAACUUCUAUGGCAGCCCCUCCAUCAUCUUGCCUGGGGCUGCUUCUGACCUUUGUGACCUGAGCAAAGACAGAAGCAAGGGGACCCAGGCCAGACAGCUUGUGCCAUCAGCUCCCACCAGCCUUAAGAGGACUUUGUCACUCAACAUGUGGUAUCAUUUAUUUAGUUUAGUACAGUGGUACCUUGGGUUAUGAACUUAAUUCGUUCCGGAGAUCUGUUCUUAACCUGAAACUGUUCUUAACCUGAAGCACCACUUUUGCGUGAUUUCUGUUCUCAUCCUGAAGCAAAGUUCUUAACCCGAGGUACUAUUUCUGGGUUAGUGGAGUUGUAACCUGAAGCAUAUGUAGCCCGAGGUACCACUGUAUUGUGAAGGCAGGAUGAAAAUGCCACAAAUACGGUAAAUAAAUUCCAAUGUGAUCAGGCCUCUCUUGUGUGACGCUUUCUUCUGUGAAGAGAUGUAUGGUUCAAGUAAAUGAAAUUUGUGCACAUAGGCAUUUAUUCACAGGGUUUGUUCUUAACAAGGAAAUGUAUACAUGGCCCCAAAGCGUAUGCAAACGAAGGCAUGAAAUUCAUUUCAUGUAUGUCUUCCAUGUUCUGGCCAUGUGCGGACCAUCCCUCAUUAGCUGAAGGAACUUCAAAUGUUCUCUUGGAUAACCAUACUGUGAGAAUGUGCCGUCUCAUGUGUCAUGAUUUUGACCCCUCCCCCUUUAAUGUCUCUCUCUUCCCUUGCUUAGUAUUGUUCAAACACACGCUUUUCAUUCAUCAGUUUUGUAAUGAGUGUUUGGAUCUGUGAAUUACAGCUCGCUUUUCAAUUGCCGCUGAUGCAUUUUUGCCCUUUUGCACUGAUGAAGGAUUUCAUUUAGUUGUGUGGAGCAGAUUGAAAGCGGCUGCUUUGAUUUUCUUUCUUUCUUUCAUGUUUUCAGGGCUGGGAAAUAAUUCCAUGCCUUUUUCAGAGCUCUGCCGGCCACAUUUUAAGAAUGAUAUGGUUUGCCGUAGCGCUAAUUAGCACCAAUAAUAGCUUGACUGUCUUGCAUUGUGUUUAGCCUUGGAAUUCUUGACUGUUUUGCAUGUGUGUCUGUGUGUGUGUGUGUGUGUGUGUGUGAUGUACAUUUGUUCAGAGUGACCAUUUGGCCUGAAAAACUGAAACUUGGCUGAAAAUUGAUCCAGCUGAACUUUACAACAGAGUUGCUGGGAAGUUGGUUGUAAUACAUAGUUCAUGCUUUUUAUUACAAGGACCUAAUUCAUGCUGUUUUGAGAAUUUUAAGUUCUAAGGUAUAAAAUAAAUGUUCAGGCAAACUCAUACUUAAAUAUAUAAACCACAUGUCUGAAAACAGUACAGGAAAACAGUCCUAAAGCUCUUUCAGUGACCUCAAAUAUUCCUCUGCAGUUUGGAUGGAAAUGGGAAAAGCCUCCCCAAUGUCUCUGUGCUCACAAAUCCUGCCUUAAGGGCACAUUUGUGUAUGAAUAGGGUGAGUCUGUGACCUGGACUCAGGAAUUAAAUAUUUAUCAUCACAAAAGAAUGGCCGGGCUGUCCAGGUAAACCCAUUAACAGGUUUCCUGCCAGACAGGAUUCUGCUGUAGACCGCCCCUUCUGUGAUGUGUGUAUGAUGUAUUGAGGGGUGGUCUUGAGCUACAGGAUGGCAGUUUCAAAAGUCUAUAUAAGGGCUUGCACACCAUUGUUCUGGGUUCCUCCUCCCUUCUGCGUGGGGUGUGUGGUGUGUGUGUGUGUGUGUGUGUGUGUGAGCACCCUGUUGCAACAGUUUAAUAAAGAUCAUGCUUACUAGCUGUUUUGCUUCUCAAUAUUCUCUGGUUGGCCUCUGUUAUUUUCUCCUACCAAUAGAGAACCUACGUACAGGCUCUUGGGUACCCCAUAAGGGAAAAGGAGAAGUUUUUUCUUAUAACAAUGCUUACUGCUGUCUCCCUGCAAAGUACAGGCUGAAAAGCAGUAUCAAGGCUUAGGAAUGUGCUCUCUCUUCUCUCUUCACAUUGACUUUAACCAUGAUUGGUGGAACAUUUGCAUUGCCAUGAUUCUUGGUUGCUCAGAUGCUCAGCUCUAAAUACAGUGAUACCUCUGGAUGCGAACGGGAUCUGUUCCGGAGCCCCGUUCACAUCCUGAAGAGAACGCAACCCGCGCCUGCGCCUGCGUGGGUCGCAAUUUGCCGCUUCUGCACAUGCGCGUGACAUCAUUUUGAACGUCUGCGCAUGCGCGAGUGGCGAAACCCGGAAGUAACGCAUUCUGUUACUUCCAGGUUGCCGUGGAGCGCAACCUGAAAACUCUCAACCUGAAGCAACUUUAACCUGAGGUAUGACUGUAUUUGCAAGGUCCAGCCUUCUACAGCUUAGGAGGUAGCAAGUGCCUGAAGCAGAAGAAACAUUUGGUAGAAUAGGGCUGCCAUUUAUUGAAAAUUAUUGCUGAUUGAUCAUAUAAGGUCUAUCCAUAAUUGUCGGCAUCUUUCUGAAGGAGUGUGCCUUAAUAAACACUAUUAUAUAUACAGACAGUAAGAUUACAAUAUGCCAUCUCAGUGAAGCCUUGAGGAAUAUCUUGUUGUGUUUCAGGACAUCCCUAAUUCUGACGUGCUUCCAAAGCAUAACUAUGUUGGCCCUACAGAUCCUUCAAUACGUUUUAAGUACCAAAUAAGGUGAAGCAAAUAUUGAAAGCUCACAAAAAAAUUAAGAUUUUUUUCUGAUUUCAAAGUCAGUGCUUUUGACUUCUCUGAGAGCCAGUGUGGUGUAGUGGUUAAGAGCAGCAGACUUGUAAUCUGGUGAACCGGGUUUGCGUCUCUGCUCCUCCACAUGCAGGGUGACCUUGGGCUAGUCACACUUCUCUGAAGUCUCUCAGCCUCACUCACCUCACAGAGUGUUUGUUGUGGGGGAGGAAGGAAAAGAAGAAUGUUAGCCACUUUGAGACUCCUUAGGGUAGUGAUAAAGCGGGAUAUCAAAUCCAAACUCUUGUUCUCUUGCUGCUUUUGAUUUUAGGAUGCAUCAAAUCCCAAACAGCAUAAGGGUUAAUCUGUCAAAAACGGCAGCAUCUUACCUAACAAAUGCUCUCAGACACAAAAUAUUGUUGCAUGCAACCCAUCAUGCAGUACUACAGAGGAUGUCAAAUACAGACAUCAAAGAUUCACCAAGAUAUGCGUGAGAGGUUUUCUUGAGGUAUGUUUUAUUUGUUCUAUUGCAGCAGGGUCCAGUCUCCUCACUGGCCAGAGCCACGAUAUGAUGCAACUGGGACCCAGAAAGUUACUGUGUCAGCACCACAAACCGGAUAAGGAAAAGGAAAAGGCAUUAGGGUAAAUAAACAUUUAAUGAUUUAUUUGUUGUGGGUGGAUCUCCUUUAAGCAUAAUGCUUGUUAAGUCUGCUCGAUGUUGUGCUACUAUUGCCCAUUUAGGUCUCUUUCUCCUGCUUUUGCCCUACUGUCCCCCAUUGCAUUAUUUGUGUUCUGGAUUAUAUUUCCCUAGAUGGCUUUUUGUGUCUUCCGCCCUCUCUCUUUAAAUUGAAUCUCAUGUUGCUGUCUUCUGCCUAUUAAUCUUUUUUGGUUCUCUUUGUGUUUCUGCCUACUGAAUGGAUGGUCACAACUCCUCCUAAUUUAUUAUCCUCUACAAAUUUCAUUAAUGUAGUAAAUUAUUAGGAAGAUAUUAAAUAAAAAAACAGACCUCAUUACAGUAUCCUGGUAACUACCUCAACCUGUGUUAUUGAAUUUUUUGCCACCAGGGCACAAUAACAGACCUGCAGUUAAAAACAAGCCGAGCACAAAGUGAAUUCCCCAUAUUUUGCUUUCCUUCUUUCACAGCAGUGAAAUUAUCCAGUGGAGAUUUGGUACUGGAGGGUAUACUGUAUCCAUAUCUUUCUAUCACCUAUCUAUGAACUGUAUCUCUAAUAUUGUAUCUCUGGUAUCCUAUAUAUUUUCCAUUCACUCUGAUUACCAGUACUGUUGGAUUUGUAAUUUCUUGUCAGAAGAACCCCCAAAGCUUAAUGGUCGAACUUAAUAUGCCAAAGGUCCCUAGUUCAUCUCCAGAUAGCAGAUCUUGGGUUGCAAGUCUCGGAAAGACCUCUAUCUUCUUUAGCUUCUGCUAGUCAGAGAACAGUAUUAGACUAGGAUGGACCAGUGGUCUUGAUGUUAUAAGGUGAACCAUUGAUGCAUUUCUUAGUGCAGAUAGUAUUGAUCUGAUGUGUAGAAAUCUUUCCUAUUCUACUUAAUUCAAGAGGGCCCAAGAAGCUUUUGCAAACUUCUCUGUGUGAAAGAAGCAAGCAGAAGGUUUAUGAUGUUUGGGUUAUUCCUUCAGAGAAGCUGAGUACAGCUGGUUUAAACUGGUUCUGUUAAUCUCUUUCUGUCAAGGUCAUGCUAAGUAUAAUAGUAGGGCCAGAAGGAGCAUGAGUUCCUCACUUUCUCUUUCUAUCUCAUUUCCGUCUGGUGUGGUGGUCUGUAUGCUAUAGUGUUAAGUUUUAGACUUAUUAUAAGUUAUUGUACAUUUUAAGUCUGCUGCAACUGGAUUUCUUAUGGACAGUGCCAGUCCUGAAUAUAUUAGAAUUGUGACCAUUAUGUUCACUUGCCUUCAGUAGCAGUAAAGCUCUGCUAGAUGAAAUAUAAUUGCCUCUGGUCUAUUUUGGGGGAAUCUUGCAGCGUGUUUAAGUUUUUACUCUGCUAACUAUACAUUGGAAUCUGCUUUGGAUCAAUACUAAGUAGACUUUCGCUGGCAAUAUGAGGGGAAGUGAGAGGUACACAGAUGGUUCAGUCAAAGAAGAUGAAAGGCCUUUGAGUAGCUUCUCCAUGGAAACCAAUGGCAUUGCACAGAGAUAGGUUGAUGGUUGUAUGGCCAUGUACCAAGACAUAAUUUACCAGACUAUCUAGUCAGUCACCAUUAUUGCCCUGCUAAGUGAGGCAAUAUGGUUCUGCAUCUGGUCCCAAUCCAAGGAAGCAGAGGUGCAGUAAGAUCACUAAACAGGAUCACUAAACAGGAUCAUUACUGAUGAUCAGCUCACUGAAGGCAUCAACGUAUCAAUGCCAUAUAUGUGGAUUAUUAUUAUUGCAUUAUUUGUUGCAUUUGUAUCCCACUUUUUUCUUCAAGGAGCUCAAGGUGGUGUACCCCCUCCUCAUUUAAUCCCCACAACAACCCUGUGGGGAGGUGGAUUAGCCUGAGAGGCAGUCACUGGCCCAAAGUCACCCAGUGAGCUUCAUGGCCAACCACUGCAUUCAGGGUGGAUGGAACAUGCAUACAAACCCUGCUCCCAAUUUCCCCAUGCAUGCCACCCCAUCUGCUGUGUCCAUUACUUUCCUCAUGUUGAUUGGGGAAGGUCUGUGGGGAACUUUUACUUGGGUUUGCUCAAAUGCAAGAAGAAAAUUCCAUGCAAUCGGCGAUGCUACUUUGUCCAUGAUCACAUGGAGGAUUCUACCUCUGUAUAAGUGAUUGCAAGUAGAAACCCCCUGCAGAUCUUCCCCUCUUAACGAGGCCAGUGUCACUGAGCAAGAGAACCUGGGGGGCGGGGGGCGAGUUAGGGCAUGUGAGCACACCCUACCAGCUGUCCACAGACAUAUUGCUUAUGUGUUCCAUAUGCAAUGACUUCUAGCAGUGCGAUUUUUCCUGAAAAAGAGGUGCCAGAACUCACCAUGAACACCUCCUUCAUUCCCUUAGAAUGGCAGUGGUGCCCACCUGAGAGGUGAUGGAACUGAGUUCCAACAAGUUCUGGCUGAAAAAAGCCCUCUUCUCUAAGAAGUUAUCACAUGGUAAGUUGUCAUCUCUGCUUCUUCUGUUGCCUGGAGAUAUUGCACGCUAAAGCCUCUCUUUUGUGACUUCUCUAUGACUUGCUUUGUCAUAACUAGCAUGGUUGAGAAACAAAAAUAAUCCUACAUGGAAUUAAUUAAUAACAACAUAAUUUUUAGUGGUGUGGCAGUAAUAUUGCUGCAUGGUCCUCUUUAGGAUCAACAAUUGUCCUGAAGAAGUUGUCACAAGGAAGCUAUGUUUGUAAUGUGUUGUUAUCAACCUAAUUAUGGCAGCUAAUUUGCAUAGCAUAAUCCCAUGUGCUGAAGCAGUGGAAUAAUGCAGCAAUGGCAUCUUAGGGUAUGGAUUGUCAGUUCUGUUCAGAAAUUGAGGGAAAAUUUUCCCAGUGUGUUUUGACAGCAUCUUUAACAAGGGUAGUUAUUCAUGUUAUUCCUUCCUUUUUAAAAAUAAUAAUAAAGGGGGGGGGAGAGAUACAUACUACAGUAAUUUCAUACAUAUAUUUUUAAGAUUUCCUCAGUCUGUAGCUUUUCAUUGUGCAGGUUCCAUGAUAGACUGAACUGAAUAUUUCCCCUCUUAAUAAAGACAGAGUUGAAUGCGUUAGGAACUUUCCACUUCUUGCAGCUGACUUUUGCGUAUGUGCUUGUGUGGUGCAUUAGAGCUAUUUUUAUCUCCCUCUUUUUAAUCUCUUUUUCCUUUGUACUGGAUCCCUUUCUGGUGAAGUGCUCAAGGUUACAGAGUUGAGAGGGAAAAUCUCAUCCAGUAUUUAUCAGAAGAGAUUUUUUUUGACAAUUUUUGAAUGUGGUUCCUCCCCCCCUUCGACUAUUUCCCUGGAGAAUAUUUGGCAAGGUGGUCUCCCUGCUCUUGCCAUCCACGAGAAGCUGAGAGCUUUUUACCAACUUCCCACGUUGCAUCAUUCUGUUUUAUUCCACACCCCUCUCCCUACAUGUGUUCACAUGCCUGCAACAUGCCCUGCCUAGAUUUAAGGUUAUGAUUCUGUCCUCCCUGCUUCUCUCUGCUGGCAACUCUGCUAGGGGAGUGUUUUCUGCUCCUCCUCCUCCAGUCCACUUUCUUUUUCAGCCCUCCCUUCUUUUCCUUGGCUCAGUUCAAACCUCUAAUACACUUGCCCCCUAUUGCUGGCAGUUUUGCCCUUGGCUGGGGCUGGCAGUCUGGCUCCCAUCCCUGAUGAAGAGACAUGAUGGUUCCUGAUGGUUCCUGAGAGAAAACAAAGCAGAAAGCUACUAUAAGCACUUAUAAAUCGUUUAAAGGACUGUAGGGCAUUUGGGCACCACUAGCAGAGCAGGGACGUGGGUGGCGCUGUGGGUUAAACCACAGAGCCUAGGACUUGCUGAUCAGAAGGUCGGUGGUUUGAAUCCCCACGAUGGGGUGAGCUUCCGUUGCUCAGUCCCUGCUCCUGCCAACCUAGCAGUUCGAAAGCACCUCAAAAUGCAAGUAGAUAAACAGGUACCGCUCCAGUGGAAAGGUAAACGGUGUUUCCGUGCGCUGCUCUGGUUCACCAGAAGCAGCUUAGUCCUGCUGGCCACAUGACCCAGAAGCUGUAUGCUGGCUCCCUCGGCCAGUAAAGCGAGAUGAGCGCCACAACCCCAGAGUCGGUCACGACUGGACCUAAUGGUCAGGGGUUCCUUUACCUUUACCUUAAGGUAGUCUCUAUGGGAGUAUAUUGUAUUUAAUUAUGGGGUAUCAAAAUUUUUAGGGGGCUAACCAGGCUGGGAUAGCAGGCUUGUUGGUUUCUGAAUGUCUGAUGUAGAUUUUCAAUUUCGUUGAAAAGGUCCCUUUACCUUUACCUAGCAGAGCAGUUAGAUAUGACAGUGGGGAAAAGAUAAUGAUUAAAAAGUUAUUUUACAGCAAACAAACAAAACAUGCAUGGGGAGGGCUUUGGGGGGGACCCAAUUAACCCUCUGGGGGUUGGGUGUGCCCUCUUGGCCAUUAGUUGGCCAGUGUGGUCUACAUCUUUGAUCAGCUUUCUUUAACCAGAAUUUUGGACCGAGAUUCUGGUGCCCUGAGUCUGGGUUAAGCCUCCUGUGCUGUAUUUAUAUGGAUCUGUUAAAUCUGUCACCUAAAAAUGAGAUGAAGCUGAAGGAUGUUCUUUGGAUUUUUAGUGUUCUUUUUAUGGUAAUUGAAGAACAAAAGUUCAGUACACUGGUAAAGCUUUUACUGGACUGAUCUAGUGGUUGAACAGUCCUCCAUGGGGAAAAAAUAUAUCUGAAUGUAGAAAGCUAGUGUGACCUAGGAGGUGGAUUCAAUCUCGCCUUCUCCCUGCCAUCUUUCCAUCUAUCUAAAUUUUCAUGGAGGAGCAUCCCCUCACGCACACCUGAACCCGUACAGCCCCAGAAAAGCUUUACCAGUUGCUUCUGGUCUUCAGUCAGGAACGUGUAUGCUGGGCCAGUCCUACCUUGAGGCAGAGUGUGGUAGCUGCCUCAGAUGGCAAAUUCUGAGGGGUGGAAAGUGGCCACAAAGGUGUGGCAUGUGGUUUGCCCUGUAGCCCCUAAGCUAGCUUUCUGCCCCAGCAUGGCUGGCAUACCAGUGAGGCAACCUGAGAUGAUUAGCCUUCGGUGGCAUGAAUCUCCCACUCCACCAGGGCAUGUGUCUGGUUCAGGAAAGGGGAAGCAUUGGUCUCAUCUCUGACACCAGAAGGUCUUGGGCCGGCCCUGGGUAUAUGGGAUAAAUUUGCAGCAGGCAUCCUGAUUUUGCUGAGAAACGAUCACAAUGCAUAUGGCAACAAUGCUGAAAUAAAACCGCUAAGCUGGGCUGGGGGGUUGAUCUGUUUACUUGUGUGCAAAGAGCCAGAUCCCAGAAGCCAAAAGAAAUUGGAUGAGCCUUUAAGCCUUUUCUGUUGACUGCAUUCUAUUUAUAUUAUUUUUUUAAUGAGAAUAUCAUCUGUAGAGUUAAAAUAAAAAGAGCCUAUCCUUGGAGGAGCUGGAGGAAUCUUCAUGUAGGGAUAUUGAUUUUUGUGAGACGGAGAUUUUAAGCAGAGAUUUUAAAGAAGCUCAGGUGUUUUUGUUUUUGAGCAAACAUAGAUUGCUGUUUGUCACUAAUUUCAUGGUUGACUUCAGGGUUUUAAAUUUUUUAUCUCAGAUGUGAUAGAGCAUAUAAAAUGUUUGCUUCCAUCCCCCUGCUUCCUCCUUUGCUUGGUGUGUGUUUUUUCAAGGAAAUCUACAGACUGAAGUCUGAAUUACAGCCUUUAUUUAUUCUUUUAGAAAAAGAAAAAUGUAUCAACCACUUGUUUAAAAACCAUAUUUUCUUUUUCUUUGGUGAUCACUCAUAGCUGAGUAAGAUGGUCUUCCAUGAACACAGUCUUAACUGUGAGUCCAUAAGUGACUGUGGAGGUCAGUUCUGGAUCCACAUGUCCUUCCACAGUAGGUUUCCAGGUGGGAGCUGAUCACGGUGAGGGUUUGCCAAACGUGCCUUCCUCUUUGCACAUUUCUCCCUUUUGUCCUGAGUUUGAGUGUCUUCAAAGUCCAUGAUACCUUUGCUAAAGGCUGUUCUCCAAUUGGAGCAAUCACAGGCCAGUGUUUCCCAGUUGUCAGUGUUUAUACUACAUUUUCAAAGAUUUGUCUUGAGAGAGUCUUUAAACCUCUUUUGUUGACCACCAGCAUUAUGCUUUCCAUUUUAAGCUCCUUUGGAAGACAAUAAUCAGGCAUCUGAACAACAUGACCAGUCCAAUGAAGUUGAUGUUGAAAAAUCAUUGAUUCGACACUGGUAAUAUUUGCUUCUUCCACAACGCAGAGUAAAGGUAAAAGGUAAAGGUACCCCUGCCCGUACGGGCCAGUCUUGACAGACUCUAGGGUUGUACGCUCAUCUCACUCUAGAGGCCGGGAGCCAGCGCUGUCUGGAGACACUUCCGGGUCACGUGGCCAGCGUGACAAGCUGCAUCUGGCGAGCCAGCGCAGCACACGGAACGCCGUUUACCUUCCCGCUCCUAAGCGGUCCCUAUUUAUCUACUUGCACCCGGGGGUGCUUUCGAACUGCUAGGUUGGCAGGCGCUGGGACCGAACGACGGGAGCGCACCCCGCCGCGGGGAUUCGAACUGCCGACCAUGCGAUCGGCAAGUCCUAGGCGCUGAGGUUUUACCUGCAGCACCACCCGCGUCCCUUACAACGCAGAGUACUAACUACUAUACGAUUACGGCUUCUUCCAGUACACUGGCAUUAGUUUGCCUGUCUUCCCAAUGUAUUUUUUUUUUUUUUUUUGGAAACACCGUUGAUGGAAUCUUUUGAGGCGUUUGGGACGGCGUUUAUAAGUGGUCCAUGUUUCAGAAGCAGUAGUAAGGUUGGUAGUACAAUAGCUUUGUAAACAAGCAUUUUGUUUUCCCUGUGAAUGUCCCGGUCCUCAAACACUCUGCACUUCAGUUGGAAGAAAGCUGCACUUGCAGAGCUCAGGCGAUGCUGGAUUUUGGCAUCAAUGUUGGCCCUUGUGGAAAGAUAACUGCCCAAGUAGGAGAAAUGAUGGACACGUUCCAAUGUUACACCAUUGAGUUGGGUUUGCCCAAGCUCCUAACGCUAUGCCUCAGUUUUGAGUUAUACCUGCAUGAGGUUGCUGUGUUAAUAGCAAGAAUGCAUAAUAAAGUGAGCCACAUGUAAGCACAGAUAUAUUAGGAUUGAGUGUAGGAAUACCUCAGUUUUCCUGUUCUCCUGUAUGGAGGGUAUAUAUUGGAAGAGUGAAGAGACUUCCUAGUUUGAAAUAAAGAGGAAGUGCCAAUUGUAUGUGCAAUUUUGAAUAAGGUAGCAUAUUCUAAUAAUUGCCAUGGGGAUGUACCGUAUUUUUUGCUCUAUAAGGUGCACCAGACCAUAAGACGCACCUAGUUUUUGGAGGAGGAAAACAAGAAAAAAUAAUAUUCUGAAUCUCAGAAGCCAGAACAGCAAGAGGGAUCUCUGCGCAGUGAUCCCUCUUGCUGUUCUGGCUUUUGGGAUAGCUGCGCAGCCUGUAUUCACUCCAUAAGACACACACACAUUUCCCCUUACUUUUUGGGAGGGAAAAAGUGAGUCUUAUAGAGCAAAAAAUACGGUAAUUGCAGUUUUGCUAAUUCAAAAUGUUGUGCACAGUCUAAAAGUAAGGGAUGCUCAGCUGAUGACCUCCGAUUCUCCUAGCUCUAGGCAUUCUUCCUUCUCUCUCACAAGCAGCAUGGCCACAGUCCCAUACUGAAAGAGGCAAAGGCAGGGGAAGACCACAGGGGCUACGAAAAUGCUGCCCCUGCUCCAGAUGGCAUGCUACAGUAGUGAUGAAGCUGGCACAGCACCAUAGUUUGUUGCAGCCUCGGGUUGAAGAAGCGGAUGAUGGAAAGGAUCCAGGUGGUGGAGCAAAGGCAGCUGUGAGAAAGUGCCAGCAAGUGGCCCAAGAUGCAAACCGACUUCAGCAAGAUGGAGCAGGCUUUUAG